UAUACCGCCCUUUCCUACGUGUGGGGCGACGCAAAUGACACGAAUUUCAUCUCAGUCGAUAGACAGCAUCAACUCCAGGUGACAAAGAACUUAGAAUGUGCGCUCCGAUACCUCAGAGACGGGAGGAGGGUCUUGCGUGUUUGGGAGGACGGAGUGUGUAUUAAUCAGCACGAUGAUGAAGAGAAAGGAAAGCAGAUCCAGCAGAUGGGACGAGUACAUGAAAUUGCUCACCACACAGUUAUCUUCCUCGGAGAGCGUGACGAGGCAUCUGAAGCUGUUUUGACCAAGAUGUUGUCUUGCUACCAGAAGAGAGUGUUAUACCCUAAACCGGAUGAAGGAAUCAAUGUUCUCAGGCAGAUUCUGGGUCAUCCAUGGUUCUACAGAAUCUGGAUACUGCAGGAGUUGGUC